AUGUUCACAGAAACCCACAUCCACAUGCUCAUCGCAACCCUUGCCCUCCUCCUCCCCACCCUAACAGCCCUCUACAUCCACAAAGACUACUGCGCCUUCCUCUCCCUAGGUCCCGGCGGCACUCCAGCCACACCUUUGGGCUACCUAAAGAUCAAACUUCUCUCUUUAAUCUGCCUGCGCGACCCCCUCCGCCCCAUCGCCAUACCACCACACUUCCGGCCGCAAAAAGGUUACUUCACCGCCGACGCGUUGCCCACUCGCAAAGGCACGAAACCGCUCAUUCGCGGUAUCGCGCCGCAAAGGCAGCAGACGCAGAAAAGCGGGCAGGAGAUUUAUGGGUGUUUGGUAAGCAAAAUCAAGGGUCUUGCGAGGGAUCCAAGGAAUCGGUUGUUGGAGCGCACGAGCUGUUUUGAGAAGCAUAGUUCAGGGUUGUUCACCAGUGUACCGAUUACGAGGACGUGUGGAGGGGAAAUCUGUCAUGCGCAUCCCAGUGACGGAUCGAUGCAUAUGACGUUGCAUCCUGCGGAUGCGAAUCUCCUAAUCACAAUGGGCUGGGGGGAGAGACAUCCGCUCGCGAGGGGGGGUUGGUGUAGGAAGUUUGUGCCGAGAGAGUUCAUGCUGGUGUAUGCGCCCAGGGAUGAGGCGGAGGUGGAGGUUGUGGCAAAGGUUAUUGCGGCGGGGAUUUGGUGGGUUAGUGGUGUUGAUGUUGAUGGUGAUAAGGAGGGGCCGAGGAGGAAGAGUAAGGAUGUUGCAGAUAUUGGGAGGGAGAUGGAGGGGAAGGAGUGUUGGGCUUGUAGAGUGAAUGGGUGUGGAGGGAAGCAGGUUGAGAAGAUGACGAGCGAGGCGUGA